AAAUCCCACCGUGCGCCGCGGCCCGCUUCGCUUCGCUGAGCGGCCAUGGCGUCGCGCUUCGCUCCGAGGCUUCUUCUCCAGCGCUUAUCGACGCUGAGAAGAGCUCGGCGGACCUCAUCGAUUCUGGUAGCCUCCGAAGCUCCCGCUGACGUCGGCGGUGGCGGUCUCUUCUCUCCACCUGGGCCGCGGUCGGCUCUCGGCCCUCGAUGCGUUUCCAGGGUUUCCUUCUCCACCCGGCCAUCGGCUCUUGACGAAAGGCAGAACCCGGCUGCCAUAGACUACCGAUCUCUCAUGUCGGAGGAGGAAUUCCAAACCCUAGCAGAUGAGACGAUACAUGACUUGUUGGAAAAGUUCGAAGAAUACGGUGAUGCCAUACAAGUUGAUGGUUAUGAAGUAGACUAUGGGAAUCACGUUUUGACACUGAAGCUAGGGAGUUUGGGAACUUACGUCAUAAACAAGCAAACUCCGAAUAGACAAAUCUGGUUAUCGUCGCCGGUGAGUGGUCCUGCAAGGUUCGACUGGGAUGCGACGGCUAAGACUUGGGUGUAUAGGAGGACUAAGGCUGCUUUACUGCAGCUUUUGGAAGGAGAAGUCGGGCAACUCUGUGGGGAACCCAUCAGCCUUCGUUGAAUUCAGACGUUUGGCAUGAUUCAUAAGUAUUUGUUGUUCUUAUGACCCUGUGAAGUGAGAUCUGGUUGAGAGAAAGCCUUCCCUGUAGCAUCAUGCUCUGUUUUCUCGACAGUCUUGUGUCUUUGUGUUUGCUAUGAAGAAGAACCAACUUGGGCUUUCACACAAACAGAUGUCAUGGGUUGAAGGUAACAUUACAUCCACAUAAUUUGAACUGUAAAACCACCAUUAUGACUGUCA